GGAAGUAUGAAGUGUGUCAGCUUGUGCGUCCUACUGAGCUGCGCGGCAGCAGUUUACUCUGCGCCGGUAUCAACAGUCACUCUGAAGGAUGAGACGUUUGCAGAGAACUACUUGAAGAGUUUCUUCAACCUGACGGAGGAGGAGGGGCCGUCGGUCAGGCGGGGGGUCAGCCAGCUGAGCCGGAAGCUCAGGGACAUGCAGAGGUUCUUCGGGCUGCAGAUCACCGGCACGCUGGACACCGAGACGGUGCAGCUGAUGAAGAAGCCCCGCUGUGGCGUUCCGGAUGUCGACGUCGCCCGUUUCACCACCUUCCAGAAUGAACCCAAGUGGCGAAAAACCGCCCUGACCUACAGGAUAGAGAACUACACCCCGGACAUGUCGGUGGCCGAGGUGGACGACUCCAUCGACAGAGCUCUGCAGGUGUGGUCCAGGGUCACUCCUCUGAGGUUCAGCAGACUCUACAGUGGAACCGCCGACAUCAUGAUCUCCUUCGGCCGCCUGUCGCAUGGUGAUUACUACCCCUUCGAUGGCCCUGAUGGCACCCUUGCCCACGCUUUUGCCCCAUCCCCCGGCAUCGGAGGAGAUGCCCAUUUCGAUGAAGACGAGACCUUCACUUACCGCUCAAACAGAGGCUAUGUGCUCUUCAUGGUGGCAGCUCAUGAGUUUGGCCAUUCCCUGGGCUUGUCUCACUCUACCGAUCCCGGUGCACUCAUGUACCCCGUGUACACCUUCAGAAACCCUGACACCUAUGCUUUGCCCCGUGAUGACAUUAACGGCAUCCAGUAUCUGUACGGUGCAAAUCCUGAUGUGAAUCCCAAUGAUCCUGCAAGCACACCCCCCACUACACCAGAUGCAUGUGAUUCAACCAUGGUCUUGGAUGCUGUCACAACACUGAGAGGGGAGAUGUACUUCUUCAAAGACAGUUUCUUCUGGCGCAGCUACCCUCAGAGCAGCUCACCCCAGCAGAAUCUCAUCACAAGCUUCUGGCCUAAUGGCCCUAGCGAAAUCGAUGCUGCUUACGAGAGCCGGCAAUCAGACAGAGUCUACUUCUUCAAAGGUAACAGAGUGUGGGCCUUCUCCGGCUAUGACCUUGUACCAGGCUACCCCAAAAAGCUUAACAGUUUUGGUCUGCCCAAUAGCUUAAGCAAAGUGGAUGCUGCCUUCUAUGAUGUGGACUCUCGCAAGACCUUGCUCUUUUCUGGAACGUACUACUAUAGUUAUGAUGAAGCCACUCGUACCCUGGACAAGGGAUCUCCAAAACUGGUGCAAGAGACCUUCUCGGACGUGACCGGCAAAGUGACGGCAGCAUUUCAGUACAGAGGUUUCACCUACGUGUACAGUGGGUCCUACAUGUUUGAGUACAGCCUGAGGAGCCAGAGGCUGUUCCGGGUGCUGAGAAACAGCUACUUCCUCCGCUGCACAAACUACUAGAUCUUCUCUCCACGGGAGCUAGUGGACAAUGUGAAUGACAGUGAAUGUAGCAGAGUCAAAACCUGUUUGUUGUUGAAAUACAUGAUGCCAGAACUAAUUAUAUUGAUAUACGUAUUUAUAAAAACAUGUUUUUUGAUGUUUUUAAGAUUGUUCCUUUAUUCUUAUUCUUUUAUAAUGUCAUUGUUAGGAUGUCUGUAAUGAAUGCUCAGUGUAACAACUUAAAACGCCUUACAAAUAAAUUUAUCAUGAGAAUUUUAUAUGUUUUUGUUGUUGUUGUUUUGUAUUUAAGCUACACUCACUGUACUGUUGUGAAAUUGUUUAAGAGAAGUUUCAGAAAACCAGACAUGGCCUGUUAGGCCUGUAUACUACAGAAUUUGUUUCAAUACAGCAUGAAAAAAAAAAGAAAUGUAAAAGCAGUCAAAUGGAAACGUGCAAGUGUUAUUAUUAUUACACUUAGUAAUUCAAAAACAGGCAGCAACAUUUUCUAUAAGCUCCACAGAGGUAAUGUAUUACAAAUUUAUUCAUAAUAACUUGAUAUGCAUUCAUAAAUAUCUAAAAUGAAGUCAUAAUGUAUCAUGGACAUACAUGCAUUGGGCCUUAAGGGCAAUCAAUAUAACAGCACACAAUGAAAUGUACAUGUUUCAUUAAAAGUAUUGCAUUUGGUGUGGAAAACAGGCUGUGCUACGGUCAGUGCGUUACAUGGGGACAAUGUGUGCAGCUCUAUAGAGUAUUAAUCAGAGGCCAUUGUAUCUCAGUCUUUUUUUUUGAGCUGGAAAAUUAAUUUGAAAUAUUACCCCCUGUUCAUGUCAGGUGUAGCUAAAAACCUCAAAUACAUGUAAGAUGGUUCAAAAUUAUUUUUAAAAAAAAUGCAUGCCUCUAGAGAUUUAAAACUAA